AUGCAUCGCGCAUCGGCCAACCAUCCGCACCCCUUGGGUUCGCAUCCCGUGCACCCGUCGAGUUCUACACGACGAAUAUCCGCAAGCUUCUCAACUGAUGGACCGCUUUCAAGUCUCCCAACUGUAUCUACAUCAUCACUGGCUGUCUCAACUACAAACGGAGAGCUUCCUAUGGUGUACGAGGCAGCAUCUCGCCCCAGUAGCAAGAUUAUUCCGACCAGCAUUCCACUGCGCAAGGCAUCCACGGUAACAACUUACGAGACCGCAGAAGGUACCCGCACACAGAACUUUGAGAAUUUGCGCCCCAUCAACACAAGGAUCCCGCUUCACCACAGGGACAGCCUCGAUAUAGCCGCCGCCAAGCUUCGAGCCAAGUCAGACAAGCCUCGACCUUUGGCAACGAUUCCCAAGUCCAACACGCUCAGCGUGAUUACCAACUUGACAGCAUCCAUCUCACGAGUCUCGUUGUCCAAGUUCGGCCGCUCUGCUUCAAUCUCCUCCAACGCAGGCUCGGACCAAGACAGGAGCUUCACUUCUGGCAACUCCUUCGCCAGAGCAAGCUAUGAUGGCGAAGACGAGGAUCCUCAAGCAAUCCACACAGCACAAUCCUCUGCAUAUUGGACUGGACGCUUCAUGGCUCUACAGGAUCGUUUUCGGAAUGAAAAUCUGCUCCCCGAGAACAUGACUACCCUCAUCAAUGCCCAUGCUGAGCGUUCCAUGAUCCCAGAGAACAGGCAGCAGACAUCAGCGCGCCUCCCUGCAUCAUACUCGAAUCCGAAUUUGGCCCGUUACACCGGCAGAAGCAAGCUACAGCGAAGCUCGUUGAACUCUCAACGCAGACAACAACGAGCCAAAGGGAGUUUAGAUGCCACCCGACUUGAGGAUGAGGACGACAGAGCCCGCCGGGUUUUCUUACAUCUGGAGGCUCUCUGCACCACGAGCGAAGCAAGAAAAAGCCUGCGUGCCUGGCAAAGGAUCUUUGCUCGUCGGAGGGGCAAGGAGGGACCCUUGGACAGACUGCUCGGACGUGUUGAUCGCGACUUUACCCGGCGUGCCAAAGACUCGGAGAGGUCUGGCUGA